AUCUCCGCGUCCCCCGUGCUGUCCAGGCUUGGCCGCGGGGGAGUAGGUGUUCUGACCAAGGGGUUUCGUGUGCGCGUGGUCUGUUGUUGGUAGGGAAGGUGGGUCGUUACGCGUUGGGGCUGGGGUGCAGCUUGCUGCCUCGUUCUGACAGUUGGGGAUUAUCGUCUGUUCCGGGUGCGUGGCUGCGGAUUUGGAAGUUCGUUGUCCGCUUUUGCAGCUUAGGCUUUGGGAUCCUCUGUUGUGUUGUCUCUGACCCGUUUGGGUAACAGGAACGGACGAGUUGGCGUGCUUCAAGUUUUGUGUGGAGAUUUCGCGUUAGUUUUCGUUGCCUUGGAUUAGUGGGAGUUUGGCUCGAGAUGCAAGGCUGCAAGCGGCUAGCCUGGGGAGAUUUGUUCUUUUUGGUGUCUGGUGCAGUGAUGCUUGUUAUUGUCAUGUUCUCUACAACUAGGCUACAUGAGAAAUAAGAUUUUCAGGAGAACAGACUGUUGAUGUCAUUUGUUAAUUUCCACGAACAAGAAAAAAUUUCUAAAGAAAUCGUAACAGAAGCUAUAGAGAACUGCAUGAAGAAACAAGCGGAUAACUUGUUGAAUUCGCUGGAAGUCAUCAGUGGUAGGCUGUCGCAAUUGGAGUUAUAUUGCUAUAAGCUGGAACGGUCCAUUGGAGAACUACGAAGUGAUGUGAUGGAUUAUCAUAGUGAAGCAAGUCUUAACUACCGUUGCCUUGAAAAGCAUGUGAAAGAGGUUCAGCAAUCCGUGCAGGUUCUUCAGGAAAAGCAGGAGCUUGCUGAGACCCCGAAAGAAAUGAGCAAACUUCAGAUAGUACAUGAGGACUCUGCACAAAAGAGUGAAGGUACUGCUCCAUCAGUUUUCAUGGCUAGAGAAAAUGAGCUUGCCCUCGUGCCCUUGCACCAAGUAAACGCUGUUCAGUCUCCUGCUAUGCAAUUCCGAAGCUGCAAUGGCGUUAUUUUGCAGCAACUGGUGCCAGUCUCUUUGAGCACUCAGCAAGACCCACAGCGUUCGAAUCAAACAACCAUGUACUGUAUGCAAGGCCAAAGUCAUCUGGAGCACAGACAGGCCCAGCCAUUCCAAGCUGCUGCUCAAUCUGUGCAGCCACUUACCCAGAAGCCUCAGCCACAGACUGUAGUUGAGGUACCUCAGGUAACUAGUCAGGCGCAAGAGUUCUACCUUCAACCUCAGCAGCAAUGGCCACAUCAAACAGGUCAGCAGGUUCAACCUCAGGCAAGGCAGCCACAACCACAGGUGGUACAACACCAGCAGUACAGCAAUAUUCAGCAAGUUCCAGCACAGAUGGUUCAGCAGCAAAUGUCUUCUCCACAGGCUCAUAGUGCACCUCAAGUCACACUGGUAUAUCCUCCAUAUGGGCCUCAUCAGCCUGCAUGUGCUAAUGCCGGGGCACGCACUGGGGGUAUGGUUGUGCAGCCUUCAUACUCCACAAUUUCAUCAUCUCAGCGGAAGCAUCAUGAGGUUGCUCCUAUUUAUGUGCAAAGCAACACAGUUUCUGUUCCAUCAGCAGAGCGACGUCAACAGCCUCAGCAGCUUCAUUCACUUGGCAAUGGCUCAUUUGUACCUCAACCAAGCAAGGUUGGUCCAUGUGGUGUUGCACCAUAUACAGUACAAGGGAGUGCACAGACCUACAACACUGCUUAUGGAAGCCCUUCCAGCAAUCCUGCUACUAUUGUUGCUGUCCUCAAUCAACAAGCACAUGGCAAUGCUCCGAUGGUGCUUCAUCACUUGGGACCUCAGUCAGUGCAGAACCAUCCGGACGUUGCUGAAAAGGUUGCUCGAAUGGGUUACUCAAAUGAUCAAGUUGAGGGAAUUGCACUCCGAAUGGUGGCUGCGGGCCAGCCUGCUGAGUAUAAUCCCCUGCAUGACAGGCUGAGCUCAGUUAGCCAUGGGGUGGCUCCACAGGCAUGGUCUGGGUAGAUCAAGAACGAUGAAAUCGGCCUUCAUGCGCACUCAGAGUUGGUUGUGUGAUAUAUCACGGUAUGUGUAACUUAUUAUCAUCGGAAAUCUUCAGGUAUUUCCUCUGGCAUCUUUUUAUCAGCCAGGAUUAUGUAUCCACCAGCUUAUUUUUUUUCUAGCUGGAGGAUCACGAUGAAAUAAGAGUGUUCAGGUUAGCUGAAGUGAUGAUUGUUGGCAUGUGUCCUACCUUUUAAUGGACAUAUAUGCUUGUAACUUGUGGACUUGCACACGCAUGUUUGCAAUAUAAAGAUGCGAUAAAUUUGUUGGUUUCUGCUGUCUA